AACUCUCUCUCUUUCUCUUCCUCUCUCUCUCUCUCUCUCUCUCUCUCUCUCUCUCUCAGACAUGCACAAAAAUUUAACACCAAAACCAUGUCCCAUGUUCUGAUUUCCAACAUCCAAGGCCUCAUAUUUUCUUCAGCUUGCAAGGUCAAAUCUGCAACCAGAUAAUACCCUAGCUAUUCAAUCCCAACCACCAAUAUCGAUUUGACGCGUGUCAUGAAACCGAUCUGAUUGCUGUCUUCCCCGGAGAUACCAGGCCCUCCAUGCACGUAGAAGGGACAAAACCCUAAUUAUUUUUUGGGUAUUCUCAGUCAUCAAGACUGCAGCCAUGAAAGCUGAGCUAAGAGGGAACCCUCCACCCAUUUCUCUACAAAGCCCUAGUCUCUUCAACACCCCUCAAAAUUCUCUAUCAGGUGCACUCAGAGGAUGCCUUGGCAGCCUUGAUGGAGCAUGCAUAGAGAAGCUUCUGCUCCACUGCGCAAGUGCCUUAGAGAGCAACGAUGUGACUUUGGCUCAACAAGUGAUGUGGGUGCUUAACAACGUGGCUUCGUCUAUGGGUGACCCUAACCAGAGGCUGACCUCUUGGUUCUUAAGAGCUCUCAUCUCCAGGGCUUCUAGGGUUUGCCCUACUACAGCUAUGAACUUCAGUGGCAGCAGCGGUCUUCAGAGGAGGCUGAUGACUGUGACUGAGCUCGCCGGGUAUGUUGAUCUAAUCCCUUGGCACAGGUUUGGAUUUUGUGCAGCAAAUAGUACCAUAUUUAAUGCAAUUCAAGGGUGCCCAAGAGUUCACAUCUUGGAUUUCAGCAUCACUCACUGUAUGCAGUGGCCUACUCUCAUCGACGCGUUGGCUAAGAGGCCUGAGGGGCCUCCUUCGCUCCGAAUCACUGUACCGUCUUUCAGGCCACCGGUCCCUCCUUUACUUAAUGUGUCGAGUGAAGAAGUCGGCCUCCGUUUGGCGAAUUUCGCUAAGUUCAGGGAUGUCCCUUUUGAAUUCAAUGUGAUUGAGGACUCAUCAUCAUCAACAAUGGGUGAAAUGAUAUCUAGAGAAUCCUCUAGUCUCUACUCUGAAUCACUCUUAAAUCAUUUGAAUCCUUCCAUGCUUGACCUUAGGGAUGAUGAGGCUUUAGUAGUCAAUUGCCAAAAUUGGCUACGAUAUUUGCCUGAUGACCAAAAGGGAAGGGCUCAAAAUGUUUCUUUGCGUGACACCUUCCUCGAAGUAAUCAAAGGCCUUAACCCUCGAAUUCUAGUUGUGGUGGACGAGGAUGCUGAUUUGGGUGCAUCAAGUCUCACUUCUAGGAUCACUACUUGCUUCAAUUACUUUUGGAUCCCAUUUGAUGCCUUGGAGACAUUCCUCCCCAAGGACAACCACCAAAGAAUAGAGUAUGAGGCCGAUAUAGGCCAUAAAAUCGAAGACAUCAUCACCUACGAAGGGCUUCAGAGGAUCGAAAGGCUCGAGUCCGGUCCCAAAUUAUCACAAAGAAUGAAGAGCUCCGGAUUCCUGAGUAUACCAUUUUGCGAAGAGACGGUGAGGGAAGUGAAGUUCCUACUAGAUGAACAUGCGAGCGGGUGGGGAAUGAAGAGAGAAGAGGAUAUGCUGGUGCUCACAUGGAAAGGUCACAAUUCAAUCUUUGCAACAGCUUGGUUCCCAAGUGGGCUUGAGGAUUAAUCACAAAGGGUUGUGACCUAAUUAAGUUCCCUAAGAUUAAAGGGGACAGUGCCCUUCAAGUAUCUCACAUCUAGCUAGUUAGGGCAUGGCUUUACUGGACCUACCAUGACAUGGGACUUUUGAUUUUUAUCUUCUGAGCGUGGUCCAAAAGAUCCAAAUCAAGGGCAGUGACAAAACUUGGUUGCUUUUCUUUUCUUUCUUUCUUUCUUUUUUAUUUAUUUUUCCUUUGUCAAAAGGCUGCAAAUGGGGCACCAGACAAGAAGGACAAGGGCAACUUCUCCAAAAUAACUCCAUUUCAUCACCUUUGUCUCCUAAUCGAUCUCCUUGCUGUCAUCACAUGUAAGGCAAAGAGAGAAAUUGUACAUACCUUCUCUGUAUGAGACAAAAACUCUCACUUUGUUUCUGGAAAUCUGAAAGUAACCCAUUUGCUCUUAUUAGUCUUAAUCACA